AUGUGCGCCGCCCGGCCUCGGCGCGGCGGGGGAAACGAAACCGGCCGAGGGGCGCCGGCCCGGGCCGCCCCCGCCCCCGAGCGAGCGAUGACUCAUGAAUGCAGCGCGCGUGAACCCGAGUCCGAGGAGGGGCGGCGGAGGCGGCGGAGCAGCGCAGCGAGCAGCGGCCGGGCCAGGCGCCGCCGAGCAGCGGGGAGGGGCUGUCCCAGCGACGUCCGGGGUCCACACCCUUCAGCGCCCGGGGCCUGGCGACCUGGCGCGGAGAGACGGCGCCGUGAGCCGCGGGCGUCGGGGCGCCUUCCCCGCCAGCCAGCGGCCCGCGGGGGUCGAAGGGGUGGGGAGGACUGGGGAGGGGGCGCGGGGCCGCCGCCCGUCCACCGGACUCACCUCUGGAAUGUUCUCGCUCUGACUGAACAACGCCGCCGCCGCGCUCAAGCUACCCUCGGCCCCUGCGCCCGCCCCCCGCGCCAGGCCGCACGGCUCAUUGGCCCGAGGACUUGGUUUCCCGAAGCCCGUGAUUCUCAAAUAGAGGUGCUGCUGGUCCCCAGACCACACACAGCCCUAAGGCCAGGGGACCACAUGACUUUGGAGCUCAGACACAUGAGAGGAGGUGGGACCCAAGGGCUGAGGGUGUAUCUCCUCAGGACGCUGACCUGCUUCGAGCAACCACUGUGUAUCGCGCCUGCGGCCGAGCAGGACAUUAGAGACACAGGGGGCCCCUGCAGGUGCUGUACCCACUUGUACGCGUAUGGUGGUUUGUGGGCGCUGGGGAGAUGUCACCUGAAAGUCUAGAUUUCUGAUUCUGCAGGAAAUAGGAAGCCCUGGCAAUGCUGGGAUAUACCCGUACGUGGCCACGCCUCUGUCAUUCAGAGCUGAAGGUGGGGCAUGAGUGCUCGCAGACGGCAGCCACCGUGUGUCUGUGCAGGCGUGCACGUGGCCCAUACCUGUCCCGUUCACUCCCGUUGCCUGCCUCGCCUCCGCGCUGGCGUUCACGCCUCUGCUCGUUUCUUUCUUCCUCCAGCGAACGUGCAUCAAAUGCCAUCUGUGUGCCAGCUCGAGGGAAGUUAGACGUUUGAGACCUUGCCCUAGUGUUCUAGGGCCGCUGGAACCAAGCAGCACAGAGCCGGUGUGAGACAACAGGUUUCUUCUCCCCUGGUUCUGGAGGCCAGAAGUCUGAAAUCAAGGUUCCGGCAGGGCUGUGCCCUCUCUCUGUGCCUGGCGAUGGCCAGCCGUCCUGGAUGCUCUUCCACUUGCUGUUGGUUGGACGCAAGCACCGUCUCUGGAAGGUGACCCUCUUCCCUCUGCGUUGUCGCAGGGCGGUCUCUCUGCGUGUGCCUGUCUCUGUGUGUCUUCUCAGAAGGAUGCCAGACAUGUUGGACGUAGGGCCCGCCCUACACCCUGGCCCAGUAUGACCUCCUCUUAACUUGAUUUCAUUCGCAGAGACCCUGUUUCCAGAUAAGGACUCAUUCACCUCAUUCAGGAUCCGGACUUCCAUGUAUCCUUUGGGGAGAUAGAGUUGAACUUGCGGCUGACAUUUAAAGAAGGACCCCAAACAACUCCAAGUGUAAAACCUGGCCCUGGCUCGUCACUCGUGUUUGGGAGACAAGACUCCCGAAGUGUCAGCAAGGACCCGGUGGCCGUCUGCCUUCCUGGAGCACGAACAGUGAGAGAGUCCCGUGGCCUCAGUGCUUCAUGCACACCGACCACUUAAUCCCUAACACAGCCCUCCCAGGGAGAUUCUGUUGGCCAGUGGACUUUGCAGAUGAGGUAACUGAGGUGCAGAGAGGUCAUACAGCUUUGCCAAAGUCCCUGGGGAGCAGAGCUGGGUGUGUGUGUGUGUGUGUGUGUGUGUGUGUGUGUGUGUGUGUGAACGACAGCGAGUGCCAGCAGGUUGUUUCCCCGUUCUCUUCAGACCCUUGGCCCUUGUGAUAGGGACAGGUGAGGCUAACCUUUGUCUCAGCUGCCAUCACAAAACCCAGUGCUUACCUCCUUUAUCAUCCCCCUGGGGCGUGUGCUGCUCUGUGACUUCCCAGGGCGAUUGCAGGGGGCUUUGGGCAUGAUGUAGAAAAGGUG